AUGCUACAAGACGUGUUCCUGUACAGAUGCGCGGGAGGCGGCGCGGCGCGUGCGCGUGCGGGUGCCGGCGGCGGCGGCGGCGGCGGCGGCGGCGCAGUCCCGGCCCCGCGCGCCCGCGGCGCCCCCGCUGCGGCCCGAGCUCGGUGCGCAGCGAUGGAGCGGCCGCCCCGGCAGCCGCAGCCGCAGCCGCAGCCGCAGCCGCAGCCGCAACCGCAACCGCAGCCGCGCGCGGGGGUCCGGGCGCCGCCGCUCCGGCUGCCGCUGCUGCUGCUGGCCGGGCUCGCCGCGUGCGCCGCCAGCCCCGCGGACGACGGCGCGGGCCCGGGGGGUCGGGGACCCCGGGGCCGCGCGCGGGGGGACGCGGGCGCCGCCGACGAGACGGGGCCGCGCCACGACUCCUCCUACGGCACCUUCGCGGGCGAGUUCUACGACCUGCGCUACCUGUCCGAGGAGGGUUACCCUUUCCCUACUGCUCCUCCUGUGGACCCGUUUGCCAAAAUCAAAGUGGAAGACUGUGGAAAAACUAAGGGGUGCUUUAGAUAUGGCAAACCCGGCUGUAAUGCCGAGACCUGCGACUACUUCCUUAGCUACCGAAUAAUAGGGGCUGAUGUGGAGUUUGAGCUCAGCGCAGACACGGAUGGUUGGGUAGCCGUUGGAUUCUCUUCUGACAAGAAAAUGGGUGGCGAUGACGUCAUGGCCUGCGUUCAUGAUGACAAUGGCAGAGUCCGAAUACAGCACUUCUAUAAUGUUGGUCAGUGGGCAAAGGAGAUUCAGAGAAAUCCUGCCAGGGAUGAAGAAGGGGUUUUUGAGAACAACCGAGUCACCUGCAGGUUUAAACGUCCUGUGAAUGUUCCUAGAGAAGAAACCAUUGUUGAUCUGCAUUUGAGCUGGUAUUACCUCUUUGCUUGGGGUCCUGCCAUUCAAGGUUCUAUCACUCGACAUGAUAUAGAUUCACCACCAACAUCCGAGCGUGUUGUCAGUAUUUACAAGUAUGAAGACAUUUUCAUGCCAUCAGCUGCGUAUCAGACCUUCUCCUCUCCAUUCUGCUUGCUUCUUAUUGUUGCCCUGACUUUCUACUUAUUGAUGGGAACCCCUUAAUCAUAGCUGCAAAGCCAACACUGGGCUUAGAAAAUCUUUAGUACAAAUCACUUCUAAAAGGAUGUGUAGUAUAAUUUUAGCUUCUAUCAUUUUUAAAAAGACUCAUAAUUUUGUUUUUUUCAAAGCAGGCAAGCUGCUUUUCCAGCAAAAGAAGAUUGUUUAAUAAUGACACCAUGGUUUGGGAAAGUAUCUCGAACUUUUCUAAGAACUUUCAAAACUUUUUUAAUUGAGCUUAUCGCGUCUGUGUCAGCUCGAUGAAAAUUAUUAUUGCCAUCUUACUGAACAGGAGUUGAGACCCAGGAGGGUUAUCUAUUUAUAACCUACAUGCCAUGUAGCCUUAGAUAGGAAAUCAAAUAAUAUAAUACAUAGCAAGGUAGAGUUAUGAGCUAGGUAUUCAAACCCUGUUUCUAAACAAACUUAAGUCUUCCAACUAGCUCUAGAGAGAGUCUUGGUGUGAUAGAUUAAAAGAAGGUCAUAGGUU